UUAAGGUAGGGGCUAGUUUUUAUUUUUUUCUAAAUUUGGAUUUGCAGAAAACUUGAUUUUUGAUUACAAUGAUAAAGGAAAAACUCUCUUUGAUUUCCCACCAACUUUCGAACCUCUCAACGGUUACUCAAUGGAACUACACCCUCCGAGAAGCUAUAGACCAAACCCGAUAUCAAAAAGCUCUAUUUCUCUUUUGUCAAAUGAUACAAAAGAGUUUAAAACCUGACCAUUAUACCUUCCGAAUUGUUGCAAAAGCAUGUGGGAAACUUAAUAAUAUACGUCACUCUAAAAUCAUUCAUGCCCACAUCGUAAAAUCGCCAUACAUUGAAGAUAGAUACGUGCAAACUGCAACGAUGGAUAUGUAUAUAAAGUGUGACCAAUUAAACACCGCACAUAAGGUGUUUGAUAGAAUGCCUCAAAAAGACACUGCUACUUGGAAUGCAUUGCUCUCGGGGCUAGUACAGUCGGGUGUCGUUGAUCAAGCUUUGUUACUUUUUAAGCAAAUGAGAAUUGAAGGAUUUCAACCUGAUUCGGUCACCGUGAUUGGGAUAUCACAGUUGAUCACGGGUAGGGAAGGUGUUGGGCUUGUGAAAGCUAUCCAUGGUUUUGGGAUCAAAAUUGGGGUAGAAGUAGAUGUUUCGGUUUCCAACACUAGGGUUUCUUCUUACGCAAAAGUUACGGACUUGGAGUCGGCAGAGAAGGUGUUUUCUGAGAUUAGUCCAUGCUUCAUUACGGUUGUUUCAUGGAAUUCUAUGAUAGCAGGAUAUGCUUAUUUUCACAAACAUAUGAAGGCUGUUAGUUUCUACAAAAAGAUGCUUUAUGCUGGAUUUAGGCCUGACUUAAGUACCAAUCUUAACUUGCUUUCUUCAAUUAGCCAACAUGGAUCACUUUUUAGUGGUAAGCUGAUCCAUUGUCAUGGUAUCAAGAUGGGUUGUGAUUUGGACAUAUCUAUAUGUAAUACCCUAAUUUCCAUGUACUCUAAGUGUAACGACCUUGAUGCUGCAAGACACAUAUUUGACAAUAUGUUGGAUAAGACUUGUGUUUCAUGGACGGCUAUGAUCGGCGGGUAUGCUGAGAAAGGUGAUUUAGAUGAGGCGUUGACAUUAUUUGACUCUAUGCAAGCCACUGGUUUAAAACCUGAUUUAGUUACCGUACUUAAUCUCAUUGCUGGUUGUGGAGAAAUGGGAGCACUUGAGAUUGGAAGAUGGGUUAGAAACUUUGCAGUUUCAAACGGCUUUUCAAGUAAUUUAAUGGUCUUGAAUGCUUUGAUAGACAUGUAUGCAAAAUGUGGAAGCUUAGAAGAAGCUCGUGAGAUCUUUAAUGAGAUGUGUGAAAGAACUAUUGUGUCAUGGACUUCAAUUAUUUCCGGGUGUGCUUUAAAUGGAGAAUUUGAAGAAGCUUUGACACAUUUCUAUCAUAUGUUGGAGUUGGGACUAAAACCAAACCACAUAACAUUUCUUGCUGUUUUUCAAGCUUGUAAUCAUGGAGGUUAUGUAGAAAAAGGAUGGGAGAUUUAUGAUCUUAUGACUAAAGUGUACAAAAUUAUUCCAGGAUUAGACCAUUAUUCUUGUAUGGCGGAUCUUCUUGCACGUGGAGGUAGGAUUAAUGAAGCUUUAGAUUUUAUUCAAAAAAUGCCUAUGAAACCUGAUUUUGGCACAUGGUCAUCGUUGCUGAGUGCUUGCAAAAUCCAUUGUAAUGUGGAAAUUGGUGAACUCGCGGCUCAUCAUCUUUUUGAAAUGGACCCACAAGCCGCAGCCCCUUAUGUAGAAAUGGCUAAUAUUUAUGCAUCAGCAGGAUGGCGGGAUGGAGUUAUGGAUGUUAGAAGAUUGAUGAAACACAAUCAAGUAAUAAAGUACCCUGGAAAAAGCAUUGUUCAAGUCAAUGGAAAGAGUUAUGAGUUUACCGUAGAAGAUCGGUGUCAUCUUAAUGGAACAGUUGUAUAUGAAGUUUUAGAUGGUUUAGGUCUACAGUUGAAAGAAGAAUUGGAUUUAUUAACAUUACAAGAUGUUUUACCAUGACAAUGAGCUUGGUUUGCAGUU